AUGGCCGCCUUGCCGCAGCUGCUUCCGAUCCUCUUCCCCGCGGCGGUUUCCGUCCUCAUCCUGCUGCUCGCCUCGGCGCCGCCCGCGCGGGCCUCGUCGGCGACGUACCGCUGCGGCUGGUGCCCGCGCAGAUCCACCGUGUCCAUCCUCCCUCCCGGCGCCGGCGCACUUACCGGCGCCGCCUGCGGGUAUGGUGGCCAGGCGGCGGAGAUGGCCGUCGACGGGGGGUUCCACAUUGCGGCCGUCAGCGCCGGUUUCUUCCGCGGCGGCCAGGCCUGCGGCGCCUGCUACCAGCUGAGGUGCAGGGGCCGGAGCGCGUGCGCCAAGGAUGGCGUCAAGGUCGUCGUCGUAGGCGAAGUGGCGGACACGAACAAGACUGCAGCUGGCCGCUUCCUGCUCACCAAGGACGCCUUCGCCGCCAUGACCACGCCAGACCGUGGAGCCGAGCUCGCGGACGCAGCCGUCGACGUGGACUUCAGGAGGAUUCCCUGCGCGUACAAGAGCAAGAACCUGGCGGUUAAAGUGUUGGAGAUGAGCAGCAGGGACCGGGGCUACCUCGCCCUCCGCUUCCUCUACCAGGGCGGCCAGACCGACAUCGCCGCCGUCGAGGUCGCCCGGGCGGUCAACGACACCGACACUAGCAACGAGGCCGCGCCGUUGCCGACAUUGUGGCAGUCUUGGAAUCACAUGACAGCACUACUGUUUUGGCUGCUCGUCCUCUUCCUCUUUGGCAUAGAAAGGGGAGUAUUAUUGUAG